GUGGCCUGGCUUCCGUUCCGCCCGCCGAGGCCAGUGUGGCAGGCAGCUCCCGCGCGAGCGCGAGCGCGAUCCAGAGGCUGGCGCACCUGCGUCACUCGCUCCGCGCUGCCGCGAUCUCCUCUGACGUCGAAGUCGCCCGGGGGAUGACACAGGGGGAAGGGGUGGUGUGGGAGGGGUGAACAGGAGCUCGGUGACUUUUGUGAGGGCCGCCAGAUGGAGGAGCGCCGGCUCGACACGCCGGCGAUGAGGAGAAUCAGCGAGUGGAUUCUUUCACUAGAGUUCCCAAGCGAUAUUACCAUCCAGGUUGGGGAGGCGACCUUCAACUUGCACAAGCUCCCGUUGGCAUCGAGGUGCGGCUACAUAAGGGAGCAGGUGUCGGGGAUCAAUGGCUCCAGGGUCACCCACAUCGACAUCACGGGCUUGCCGGGCGGCGCCGCGGCGUUCGAGCUCGUCACCAAAUUCUGCUACGGCGAGAACUUCGAGCUCACGGAGGACAACGUCGCCAUGCUGCGGUGCGCCGCCGAGCACCUGCAGAUGACCGACGACGACAGCAGGGGCGGGAACCUGGCCGGCAGGACCGAGGCCUACCUGGAGGCCGUGGCGCUGAUGAGCCUCGCGGGCGCGGUCACCGUGCUCCGGAGGUCGGAGGACCUCCUCCCGGUGUCCGAGGAGGUGGACCUCGUCGGCAGGUGCGUCGACGCCAUCGCCUACUUCACCUGCAACGACAGUCAGUUCAGCAUGUCCAACGGUAACGGCAUGGACGUGUCGUCGUCCAAGGUCAUCAUCGAUGAUUGGUUGGCUGACGAGCUCACGUCGCUGCGGAUUGACACGUUCCAGAGAGUCGUAAUUGCCAUGAAGGCGAGGGGGUUCAAGGGCAUUGCUCUGGGCACGCUCAUCAUGCUCUAUGCGCAGAAGUCGCUGCGAACGCUGGACACACACGGAAGGGAGAAGCAAAAGAUGGAGCCGAGGCAGGAACACGAGAAGCGUGUGGUGCUUGAGACCAUCGUGACUCUGCUGCCCAAGGAGAGGAACUCCAUGUCCGUGAGCUUCCUCUCGAUGCUGCUUCGAGCAGCGCUGUGCCUGGACACGACCCUGGCGUGCCGGCUCGACCUCGAGAAGCGGAUGGCCGCGCAGCUCGGGCAGGCCGUGCUCGACGACCUCCUGAUCCCGAUCUUCUUGCCCGACGCCGGCAACACGUUCGACGUCGACGCGGUCCAGAGGAUCCUGGUCGGGUACCUGGAGCACGAGGCCGAGGCGGACCGGCUGGACUACAACACCGACGACGACUUCACCUCGACGGCGUCGCCGCCCAACGACGUCGGAAUGGUCGGCAAGCUCAUGGAGUCCUACCUGGCUGAGAUCGCCUCGGACGUGGACCUGCCCGUUGACAAGUUCACCGGCCUCGCCGAGAUGAUCCCGGAACGCGCUAGGUUCAACGACGACGGCAUGUACCGUUCCAUCGACAUCUACUUGAAGGCGCAUCCGUAUCUGAGCGAGGCCGAGCGGAAGACGGUGUGCCGGGUGAUGGACUGCCAGAAGCUGUCGCGCGAGGCGUGCGCGCACGCGGCGCAGAACAAUCGGCUGCCAGUGCAGACAGUGGUGCAGGUUCUCCACCACGAGCAGCGGCGCCUGCGCGAGGCCCCUACGUCGUCGUUCUACGGCGGCGAGUCCCCGACCCCGGCGCCGAGCCUCCAGGGCCGGCACGGCCGGAGCGUGCCGGACGAGAUGUCACAGCUGCAGCGGGAGAACGAGGAGCUCAAGAUGGAGCUGCUGCGGCUGAAGAUGAACCUGAGGGACCCGUCGGCGCCCCCGCAGCACAGCGACGCUCCACCAUCGGGGCGCCGCCCGCUGCCGAAGAAGGCGGCAGGCGGCAGCGGGGGGUUCAUUAACAACGUGUCCAAGAAGCUCGGGCGGCUGAACCCGUUCCUGCGGCCUGACGCCGUGGGUGGCGCCAAAGUGCGCACCAAGCCGUCCAGGACCAAGGAUCGGAGGCACUCCAUCGGCUAGUGAUUGGAAUUGGCUCAUGCUCAUUGCCGGCUUCUUUCAUCUUGAAUCUUCUUGACGGCUAUUUCACUCGAUGAACGUAAAAAAACACUCGUUGAUUGAUUGAUUGAAUGGCCGAGUCGUGAGUAAAGAUGUGUAGCUAUCGCACUUGAACAUAAAUAAGAUGCUAUGUUAUACUUUCU